AGAAAAUUAGGACGCGACCAACGACGAGAUACAGGAUAUUAAAUACAAACACCAUUUCUGACAGUCAUUGUGGCCCACAUGUAUUGAGAAAGUUAAAACCAUGUUACGGAAUGUCUGUGCCUGUGUUGGCUUUGUUAUAUUAGUGUUGGUGCUCAUCAUUCUUGUACGGACCGCCACGUUCUCCGUGAGGUCAGACUCGGUAAGAAGCUGUCGUCUGACCGACAGCGAUUUCAUCCGGGCUACAGAUGGGGUCAUCGGCAAGUUUCAGUCCGCUUUACGAUUUAAGACCAUUUCAACAAACCUGCACCAGUAUGACAGGGCUGAGUUACAGAAGAUGGUGGACUUUGUGCAAUCAGCGUUUCCCGUCAUUCAUUCGUCAACGUUGGUGACCCAUGAUGUGGUUAACAACUACAGCUUGCUGUACAAGGUUCAAGGUUCGAACCCAGCGUUACGGCCCUACAUGCUGUGUGCGCAUCUAGACGUAGUUCCGGUGAACAGAGACGCAUGGGAAGAGGACCCGUUUGGGGCUAAUAUUAAGGACGGGUUUAUAUAUGCUCGAGGAACAAUAGAUGUCAAGCAAAUUGUAAUGGGCGUAAUGGAAGCCACAGAGUUCCUUCUUAAAUCUGGUCACGUCCCGAAACGAACCUUUUAUAUUGCAUUUGGACACGACGAGGAGGUAACUGGACUAGACGGCGCGGCUAAAAUCAGCGAGUUGUUGUAUAGCAGAGGUGUCCGAGACCUGGAGUUUCUGAUUGACGAAGGAACAACCAUAGUGAACAAACUCUUCCCAGGAGUGAACAUUCCAAUUGCUGUUGUCGGGACGUCAGAGAAGGGGUCUUUGAGUCUGGAACUCUCAGUCAAUGGAGUACCAGGCCAUUCUUCUAUGCCGGAAGGGGAGACAACGAUAGCAACGUUAGCAAGAGCGAUAACUAGAUUGGAGGAAAAUCCACAUCCCAAUAUGUUUGGCACCGGCCCAGAAAAGGAUUUAUUCACACACCUAGCAUCAGAUCUGUCAUUACCAUUUCGGGCUGUGGUCUCAAACCUAUGGCUUUUUGGACCAGUUGUGUCGAGGCUAUUUUCUAGAAUUCCAUCACUUAAUGCUAUCGUCAGAACUGUCACUUCUGUUACCAUGGUGAAUGGAGGAGUCAAGGUUAAUGUUUUACCUCCCUCGGCCACUGCAAUGGUCAACCACCGCAUUCAUCCCGCACAAACUGUCAAAGAGGUAAUGGAGUAUGAUAGAAAACUGAUCAAUGAUGAAAGAGUCAAGAUACGAGUGGUGUCCUCAAUGGAGCCGCACCCAAUGUCGCCGUACGGUGACGAGGACUUCGGUUAUCAGACGAUCAAAAACAGCAUCAGACAAAUCUGGGGCAAUGCGACUGUUGUACCGGGUGUUAUGAUCGGAAACACAGACACCGUCCAUUACAUUCGGUUCACUAAGAACAUCUACAGGUUUAGUCCGACAUUCAUGUUUCCAGAGGAUUUAAAACGUUUCCACGGAAAUAACGAACGGAUUUCUGUGCAGAACUAUGAGCAAGUUAUAAACUUCUACUAUCAUUUGUUGGUCAAUGCGGAUGAAGGAACUCUACCUCCUUUCCAUAAACACAACGAUGAGCUGUGAUAGAUUUUCAGGACAUGCACAUUUUCAUUUGGUUUAUUUUGUGAUUUUGACAAUGCUUAUGUGAUUAAUGUAUUUUCAAAUAUUUUAAGGUUGCUCGUAAAAAAAUGGAAAUUUACAAUAACUUCUCACAUCAAUGCAGCUAAUUUAUUUAAAUAGAAUUUCACAUACAUGCAUAUGAUGUAUACAUGCAUAUAAACUGGUCUCUCCUAUCCCUCAAUUGUUAUUGUGAUCAAAGAGCUAAGUAUUUAGCUCAGUUUAUAUGGAUUAUCAAAGAGUGAUUCAGAGAUAUAUAUGUAAUCUUUUAUAUAUAUAUAUAUAUAUAUAUAUAUAUAUAUAUAUAUAUAUAUAUAUAUAUAUAUAUAUAUAUAUAUACACACACACACACACACACACACACACACACACACACACACACACACGGGCUAUGCUAUUAGCAAUCCCGACUUAACUGCGAUGCUUGCUACUUUCAUACAAGUACCCGAUUGAACCAACAAAGGUUAACUAUUGGUGAAGUAUGUACGUAUUCAUUAAGUGUUGAUUCUGCUUUUGUUCAUCUCCUCUGUACAGUCAAGUAUGACGGGUUUUGACCAUUUUUUAUUGAAAUAUGAAAGUCAUUUUUGUACUUUGUCAUAUCAAUAUAUGAAAUGUUUCACACAUCCAUUGAAUAGUUUUGUCCCUAGAAUAUAGAACAGGUGACAUUUGAUGGCUCAAACUUCAAUCUAAGUAUAUUUUGUGUCCUGCUGUUGACAUUCAUGUACAUGUGUUCAUGAUUCCUUUGUUAAGCCUUUUCAUACUAUAUACAGUCUUUGACAACAGCUAUUAAUACAAUCAUCGAGCUAAAAAAAAUCUGCUCGUCGUUCUUUCCAUACUUGUUGAAGUUUGAAAUACUAGUGUAUGUUAGAUUGUUACAUUGUACCUCGAAGAAAAAAACACACACUCAAGUCCAUCGAUAUUGUAUUAAUUUCUUAUUAUUUUAGGAGCCUAUAUUUUUUUUUAGAUUAAUGCCUCGAACAAACAUACACCCCCCCUCCCCCCCAAAAAAUAUGGUAUUGCCAAAAGUAUUGUAAAGAAUGAAUAGAAGAAUGUGAUAAAUGUACAGAAUUUUGUAUUGCAAUUUUGUGAAAAACAUGUUUGUAUAAUGAAUAAAUUUUUAAAAUAUAAAAUCAUCUUAACUCUCA